AUGACCAUCCAGCCUCUCAUCUUCUACGACAUCCCAGGCAAUGCUUGGGCGAACAAGGCCUGGAGUCCGAACUGCUGGAAGGGCCGAUACGCCCUGAAUAUCAAGAACAUCCCGUACAAGACUAUCUGGGUCGAAUACCUCGAGAUCGAGCCAACGUUCAAGAAGGCGGGCAUUCCGCCUACUGGUACGCGCGGAGGGAAGGAUCUGUACACAUGCCCCGCCAUAGUGGACCCCAACACGGGUACAGCGGUUGCAGACUCGAUCCUCAUUGCUGAGUACGUCGAGAAGACGUAUCCCAAUCCCGAUACGCCAACACUCUUCCCGCCUGGCACUCGCACGCUACAGCUCGGCUUCCGCGAUGCCUUCGACCAACGCGCUCGCGGAAACAUGGUCAAGUCCCUCAUCUUCCAGAACAUCGCCCAGAUGUCACCCGAAAGCGGUGCAUACUGGCGCCGCACGCGCGAACAAUACCGCUUCGGCAAGACACUCGAAGAGAUCGUACCGCAAGGCGAGCAGCUCGUCGCUACGACGCGCAGCAUCCUCGACGGACUGCAUACAGUCGGCCAGUGGAUUGACGCUGGCGAAGGUGGCCCGUUCUUGAUGGGCAAAGAGCCGUGCUUUGCGGAUGUCGAUAUCGCUGCGAUCUUGAAGUGGGUGCAGUUGAUUGUGGGGAAGGACGAGGAUGGGUUGUGGACGGCUGUUGCGAAGGUCGAUGGUGGGAGGUGGGCUGUGUAUAUGAAAGAGUUUGAGAAGUGGGAUGGUUGCCCGUGA